AAAAAAAAAUAAGAGUCAUAUGUCGACAACUAUGAUAACAUUAAAUGAUCAAAUAGUACAACUUGUAUUUGGUUUAGCUAAUUUGAAAGUGAAAGCACUGCCCUUUAUCGAUUAUUCAUUGCCUGUGUUAGAUGUUCUUUUUGCAAUUUUGAUCCAUUAUUCUUAUCGUUCUGCUUUAGGUGUUUCUCAUCAAAAGAUAGGUUGGUAUCAGGGCUUAUUAGCAACUUUGGUUAUGGCUACUGGUGGUGGUUGUACUGUAUCAGUUCUAAGAGGUGAGCCUCUAAGUAUUUUGAAAAGUAAUGAAUUCUGGGGUAUUCAUUGGUAAUUAUAAACAUAUAUAAAUAUAUAUAUAUAUAUAUUGACACUAUGUGUGAAUAUAAUAUUUCUCUUAUAAUCUUUAGCGCAACCUAUUUUGCUAUGUCU